AUGAAGUUCUCCGCAGUGUUAGCUCUCUCCGCCGCCGUCAUGGCCUCCGCCAAGUCGGUCCGCAACCACUACCCCGUCCGUAGAGAUGGUCACAAGAAGGGCGAAAAGGGACAGGCUCAAGCUGGACAGAUCGCUGGCCUCCCCGCAGGCAUGACUGGGUUCGGAGUCUCCAACAGCCAGGUCACCGAGGUUAUCAUCAUUUGGGCAAACCCGGGUGCCGGAGCCCCUACGAUCAACAUCAACCCUCCCGCCGGUGGUGCAGCCGCCCCUCCCGCUGCCGCCCCUCCUGCCGCCCCCGCUGCUCCUCCCGCCGCUCCCCCGGCCGCGCCCCCGGCUGCUCAGCAGACUCACCAGGUCAUGGUUGGCGGUGCCGCUGGUCUCGUCUUCGUUCCCGAUCAGAUCAAGGCCAACGUCGGCGACAUGGUUGUCUUCACCUUCAUGAGCCAGAACCACACUGCUACCCAGUCCGCCUUCGCGACGCCCUGCGAUCCCUUGGCUGGUGGCAUGAACUCUGGCUUCAUGGCCAACCCCAACAACUCCGUCAGCCCCCCUCCCCAGGUUGCCAUGCAAGUCAUGGUCUCUGAGCCUUUGUGGUUCUACUGCGCUCAGGCCAACCACUGCGGAAAGGGCAUGACCUUCUCCAUCAACCCUACCGCCGCUAAGACUCAGGCCAUGUUCCAGUCGAUGGCCAUUGCCCAGAAGGGCAAGGGUGCCGGCGGUGCCAUCACCGGAGGCACUCCUCCCGCUGCUGCUCCCGCUGCCCCCGCGGCCUCUGCUCCCGCCGCCGCUCCCCCUGCCGCCAACCCCGCUGCUCCUGCCGCCCCUGCUGCCGGUGGCGAGAUCCAGCAGGGCACUGGACAGAUCAACGGCGCCGGUGCUUGCGUGUGCUCCGUUACCUGCUCUUCGGGAUCUUUCCCCGCAGUUGGAGCACAAGGCGUCGGCUCUUUCGGCGGCAUGGCAGGAUCUCUCCCCAUGGCUAUGAUGGAGGCAUAA